AAGAAAGUAAUAAAGAGAGACAGAGAGAGAGAGAGGUCCUUCCCAUUUCUUCCUCGUGACAAACAAACGCACUUUUGCAGCAGCACCACCAGCACCAGAGAGAUAAAAAACUAAAGAAGAACCCUAGUUUCUUAUUAAAAUUGAAGAAGACCAAGGCAAACGGUUCCGAUUUGUCUAUUGAUCGAUCUCUUAGACGUUUUUGAAUUUCGAUUCUCAAAACGAUGUCGAGUUCUGCCGAGUGUUGGGACUUCUCUGGUCGGAAACCGAGCUUCUCGCAGACGUGUAGUCGAUUGAGUCGUUAUCUUAAGGAGAAGGGUAGUUUCGGAGAUCUCACCUUGGGCAUGACAUGCAAGCCCGACCUCAAUGGAGGUUUUGCUGCGUCACGUCAGCCUACAAUGAUGAAUCUGUUCCCUUGUGAAGCUUCAAAAAUGGAUUCUUUGGAUGGUCAAGACAUCAAACCCAAGAAAAUGUUCCCGAGACAAUCAAGCUUUUCUUCUUCCUCUUCCACUGGGACCAAGGAAGAAGUCCAGAUGAUCAAAGAGACUAAAUCCGUGAAGCUGGAGUCUGAAUCUGCUCCAUUGACUAUAUUCUAUGGUGGUCGAGUUAUGGUGUUUGAUGAAUUUUCUGCUGAGAAAGCCAAAGAAGUCAUUGAUUUGGCUAACAAAGGAAGUGCCAAAAGCUUCACAGGUUUCACAGCUGAAGUGAACCAGAUUGCUUAUACUCAAAACUUAGCCAAGAGUCAAAAAGAGUUUGCUUCUAUCCCAAAUCUAGCUGCUAGUCCUACAAAAACUGCAUCACCAGAGCCGAUCCAGCCCAACCCGUCCUCCUUAGCCUGUGAACUCCCUAUUGCUAGAAGAGCUUCGCUUCAUCGAUUCCUUGAGAAGAGGAAGGAUAGGAUUACAUCAAAGGCACCAUACAAGAUAGAUGGUUCAGGUGAAGCGUCUUCCAAGCUUAACCCAGCUUGGCUUGGUUCUCGGUAAUCUUUUGAGACUGCCCAACCCAAAAGCUUCUUGAGAGAUACCAUCUCUUAAGAUUCUUUUGAUGCUCCAUUGUUCAAAAAUAUGAAGCUGGUCGUCUGUUCAUUUUUUUUUUUGUCUUUCUGGUCUAUAAAAUUGAUUUCAUCCCUAGUAGUUUUUGUUUGUUUGUCGGAUGCGCAGAAAACCUAGUAUAUUUGUAAGAAAGUAAUCUCUAUAGCGUUGGAUGUUUUGCUUGUGAGGUUCAAGGUUAAGUGUAAGCCAUUGUCUAUAAAAGACUAUAACCCUUUCCUCUGCCGAUAUCUCAACAUUAGCUUGGAACUUUUGUAAGAAA